AUGGUUGCUAUCAAACAUGUCAUCGCUGCCUCCCUGGCCCUCGUCACCCCCCCCGGAGCGCUGGCCUCCCGAACGUUUUACAAUUCCGGCACUCUCAACGGCUGGGACUAUGUUCGCAAAGAGCACAAAGGAACCGUCGACCAGGUUACCAACGUCGUCUACAAGGGCAGCUCCGCUCUCAAGAUGACACAGACCUACGACUCCAACUACCAUAACCGCUACCACGCCGAGGUCGACCACAACUACGGCUACAAACGCGGCGAUUCUUCCUUCUAUGGCUUUGCAUUUCGUCUCUCCGACACGUGGGACUUCCAAGACCAGUCCUACAACAUCGCCCAGUUCAUUGCCAACCGCCCUGGAGCAGGCUGCGGUGGAGAUGACUGGAUGCCGAGUACCAUGGUGUGGGUGCAAGGGAAUCAGCUGUUCUCUCGAAUUGUGACUGGCCACUAUCGCCAGCCGAACUGCGGUAGGAACAUCGACACCCUUCGAAACCUUGGCCAGAUCAGUGCGGGACAGUGGCACAAGGUAAUUAUGCAGGUCAAGUGGGCCAGUGACGGCUCUGGAUUCUUCAAGAUUUGGCUCGACGGAAACAAGGUGGUUGAGAGAUACAACACUGCCACAACCAUUGAUGAUGACAGCGUUUUCCAGUUUCGUGUGGGAUUGUAUGCGAACAGCUGGCAUGACGACGGCUAUAUGAAGGGCAACCAAGGCUUUCGUCAGAUCUGGUACGAUGAGAUUGCCAUGGGAACCGAGUUCAUGGAUGUCGACCCUGACCAGCAGUAA